AGUAGGUCGAAUGGACUGGUUGCGUGCUUGUUGGCGAGUGGAACUGGUCCCCGCUUGAGAGAUUUGUGCUGACGGAGCGAGGAGGCGACACUCCAACAAAAAGCAACGUUAGACGGGUUUCCGCAGAAGCCCUCGUAUCUGAACCACAACAUUUAUCCUCGUUGACCGGCGAGACGCGGACUAUCGUGGACUAAGGUUCGGUGCCAAGUACCGAGAAGGCGUUUGUUUGGAAGGAGGAGGACAGUAAAGGGACGGAGCCACAGGUAGACAAAGCUGUCGUGGCAGAAGAUACCAAAGUGCGAGCGGGUCAUGUAGAUUUUAGUGUCUGACCCAAACGAAGAGUCGGCAGGAGCGGAACGUCCGCCGUCGAACGCAAGCAGAAGGGAGAAGACUUCUCACGCUGAUCCGCCUCUCCCUCCGUCCCACUGGACGACUUGUCCCAGGAAGAGCCACCAUGUCCAGGAGAAAGCAGAGCAAACCCCGGCAGAUCAAGCGUUCCUUUGGAGAAUUUGACGGCAAUGAGGAUAAGACUCUUGACAACCUGAGCCUCUCUGGAGAGGAGGCAGAGGCUUCAGACCAAGAUGAUUCCGCAGAAGGUGACAGCAGUAGUCCACCGACCUACACACCACAGUACAAGGAAGAACCGAGGAAGGACAACACUCAUGGAGACCCUGAGGAGGGUGAUGAAGAUGGGGAAGCGCAAUGUCUGGGACAUACUAGUGGUAAAGAGGAAGAGGAGGGGGAUGAAGAGGAUGGUGUGUUAAAGUGGAAAGGUCCAGAUGAGCUGGAACUCAGUCAAGAAGGCAGUGGCAGAAUGGUCAUCGCUCGCAGGGACCUCCAUAAAGACACAGUUUGGGGACCCUACCCUGGGAGCCUCCAGUCACAUAGCAGCGCAGAUGAUGGAGCCUCAAAGGAUUCUAGUUGGACCUUAGUGUGUGAGGUUCCAGAUUGUUGGAUUACCCGUCUUGCUUUGACCACUGACCCAAAAGAUGCCAACUGUACCAUCUACAGUCAAGGCAAAGAGUUAUUCUGCAAGGUGACCAGGGACAUUUGUGUAGCAGAAAGGCUUCUGGCCACUCUUUUGCUUCCUCAAAAGCCCCACUCCCUUCCCACCAGGGGUUCACCUCUUCUCAACAUUGUCACCCCAAAAACAUCUGCGAUAAAGGAAGAGCCUUUGUAUCCUGCAGUCCUCCACACAGACAUCCAGCUCCUCCCACAGCAAGCCGGCAUGGCUGCUAUCUUGGCUACUGCUGUUGUCAAUAAGGACAUUUUCCCAUGCAAAGACUGUGGGAUUUGGUACAGAAGUGAAAGGAACCUGCAAGCCCACCUCAUGUACUACUGUGCCAGCCGACAGAAACAGCCAACUGCUUCCUCUUCCCCACCGCAAGACAAACCUAAAGAGUCCUACCCCAAUGAACGCAUCUGCCCCUUUCCUCAGUGUAACAAGAGCUGCCCCAGUGCAAGUUCCCUGGAGAUUCACAUGCGUACGCAUAGCGGUGAGCGGCCAUUUGUCUGCCUCAUCUGUAUGUCGGCCUUCACCACGAAAGCAAACUGUGAGCGCCAUUUAAAAGUCCACACUGACACGUUAAAUGGGCUGUGUCACGGCUGCGGCUUUGUUUCAACCACAAGGGAUAUUCUUUACAGCCAUUUGGUUACGAGCCACAUGGUUUGUCAGCCUGGAUCCCACAGUGAGGUCUAUUCCCCAGGGCCAGGCCUGCCUAAAUUGGCUUUAUCCACUGUUCUCAGCCCAGGAGACUCUGGUGUGGUACUGAAGUGUCAAGUCUGUGGUCACAACUCUGACUCCCCUUCCCAGUUGCAGCAGCAUGUACGAACCCACCUGGAAGUGAGAGUCCCCACUGAAAGGAGUCCCACCCCUUGUCAAAGUACACCAUCAUCUGUUGACCAGCUUCAGCCAUCUACACCAGAGGGUGAGCCACUAGGAUGUGUCCCUAAAUCAGAUUCCUCCAGCCCGGGUGCUAAUGGGGGCUCUGCCACUCCACGUGGCUCCAGUCCUCCUGACACUCAAACCAACACCUUUAGAAUCAAAGAAGAGCCGCGCUCAGAAUCUGAGACAGAAGAACACCAAAUGGACUUUAAGGACAGCGAAGAGGUUGACCAGAAAGCAGAGGGGAAGACAAAGGAAAGACAAACUACCAACUUCAUUUGUCAGACAUCAAAUUCUCCAAAAAGUCCUGCUACGCCAGCAGUGAAGGCAGAACCAACAAGUCCCACUCCUGCUUGUAGCCCAACUCAUUUAGGUGGUGCUGGGUCAGUGUUCCCCAGUGGAUCAAUUUUUUUGCCUCAGUACUUGUUUAACCCUGAAACAGCCAUUUUGCCUCAGGCCUCAGAGAUCCUAGCUAAAAUGUCUGAGAUGGUUCACACCCGUCUGAAACAGGGCCAGACAAUUCCUCAAAAUAACGCAACCACCUUUUUCCCCUCUGCACCAACCGUACCAACAGCCACAGCAACUCCUCUCAAAGGGGCUACCUGCUUUGAGUGUGAUAUUACAUUUAACAAUGUAAACAAUUUCUAUGCACACAAGAGACUUUACUGCUCCAGUAGGCACCAUGGAGAAAGUACAACUUCAUCUUUGGGCCCUGGAUCAGCGAGCGAUACUUCUCCAGCCACUGCGCAACCCAGCAAGGCACAAGAUUCAUCUGCAUCUCCUCAUGAUGGAGCAGCGAGCAGAGCAGCCUCUGCCUCUCCGUCUGAAACUGAACCUGCUACAGAUGGUGGCGCUGCAGAAUCCAAGAGAGUGUUGGUGAAGACAGAAACCCCUACAGGUCGGGAAGGUGUAUCAUCCUCUUCAGAAGGUGAGGGUGUAGGCAGUAGAGGACGAGCAAGUGAAGGUAGCCAGAGCCCCGCCAGCGGUUCAGCUGAAGACCUGGAUGAUGAUCCCAGCAGAACCUUUUGUGAGGCCUGCAACAUUCGCUUCAGUCGUCAUGAAAACUACACUGUUCACAAACGCUUUUACUGUGCAUCACGCCAUGACCCAUCCAACCAGCGAGCCAUACAUAUGGCGAAGGCAACCGCCAUAGCAGCCUUCCAUCCUCAGCCCAUUCGUACACGCAAGAGAAAAAAGAUGUAUGAAAUUCAUAUGGCGCGAACAGAAGCCUUAGCAGCGGCUGCCGCUGCUGCCGCUUCCGCUCCAUCUCCUUCUGUACUUGGCCUGGCAGUGAAACAAGAGGUUUCUCCUAGUGGUACAGGCAGCUCUAGUCCUGAAGGCGAUGGUCCAAUUGAUCUGAGCAAGAGGCCCCGCCUCAAAGAAGGUCCUCGGCAUGGUACGAGCGGUAUUCUUCCUGCCUUGGCGCUCACUGAUUACCAUAAGUGCACCGCUUGCAGUAUCAGCUUCAACAGCAUUGAGAAUUAUUUGGCUCAUAAAACCUACUAUUGCCCUGCCACCACACUCCAACAGCAUACCUUAGAGCAGCUCCACAGGCUCAAAAGAUCAGCUUCUACCUCUCCGAAAAGUAAGUCUCAACAGGAGCGCCAAGAUCUUCUGCAUCCUAUGGACUCUAAACUCCUCCCUGCAGAUUGGGUGACACAGGCGCAAGGCUCGUCAACCAGUCCUCGCACCUCAGCCUUAACCGCCUCCGAUGCCACAACUCCUCCUGAUGCAAUAAGCAUACUUGCGGCUACACCAAGAGCAGGUACCACAGGUAUCAGCACGUCUUCGUCUUCUCAGAUGGUCUGUCCAUAUUGUCCUAAUAGGCCCAUCACCUGUGACCUAAUGGAGCACUUCAAGACUAUACACGGCCUGGUUGUAUCUGUUCAAUCGCCACAAGAGGCUCAACCCCAGCCAGGCAGUAGAGUUAGUCCUAGCCCAAGCCUUAGUCCGAGAGACGGAGUCACAGCCACCACCUCCAGUAGCCCAAGUGGUACGUCGAAAUUGGUUCCUCCCAUUCACAGAGAUAGUAUUAAUGGGCAGGCAAGGAGAGACACGACUUCUCCCUCCUCACCUCUGAUAAAUGGUAGCCCAUCAGGUGAGGGUUGCUCACCGUCAGCCAGGUCACCUCAAACCGUUUCCCCCUCAAGGGCUCCUCCUCUGACUUUGUCACCUGUGCCUGACCACCGAAAAGAAGCAGUCGGGAUAUCGCACCUUCCAGAUAAAACUUCACCAACUAUUGCCUCCCAUGCCCUCCCUUCACCCCUACCUGCCCUCAUCCCCGGUCCCAAAGCCCCAGUCAACUCCCCGGUCCAGAACGGUAACUCCCGCUACUGUAGGCUGUGCAAUAUUAGGUUCAGCAGCCUCUCUACAUUCAUAGCUCAUAAAAAAUACUACUGUUCAUCCCACAGUGCUGAACAUGUCAAGUGAGCUGAGAAAUUCCCCUUCACCUCUUUCUCCUUCCCUUCUUUUAUCUGACUGAGUAGACGUUACUCCGAAAUCAGCAAGUCUUUGCAGGUUGGUGUCAAAGUUGCACUCAGUUGGCAUGACCAUUAAUCUCGGUAGGUGGCUGUUACUCAUCAGAAGGCCCUGGUGUCCAUUUGCUCCUGAGCACAAUUUGCCAGUGAUUUUACUCAAUGACGGGUCAACAGCACUGUGAGCUGAAAGUGAUCCCACCUGUUUUGUCUACCUGCACACUAAAGGGUGCCUCAACCUCUAGGUCACAGUCUUGUCCCAAAUUAAACACCAACCAAUUGUCAAUAUUUUGCAAUCUGGGACGGUAAAAAAAAAAAAAAAAAACAAUCUUUGUGAUCAAUCUCAUUCUGUCUUUGUUGAACUGAAAGCAGCAAUUACACUCUGACAGUUGACUGGUGAUGAUGAUAGCGUAACCAUGACGCUGAUUAUGGCAAAUCUUGUCUUUUGAUGUUGGUCCAGGAAUAACAGAAGAAUAAUCUCUUCUGUGGAAAAGACUUGAUCAUGUGUAAUGUUUUUAUUAUCUGUGCAUAGUCUACGAUGUCUAAAAAAGAAUUCUAUAAUACAUUUGGUUUCAACACUGGCACAUUUAUGCUUACUAAAAGAAGCUAAGGUAUUUUUUUUUGUUUAAAAAAAAAAGAAAAAUGUGGUAUGAACUGUUACUAAUUAAUGAAGGAUAUUUCAAAAUUGACUUUUUUCUUUCAUACAAACGUGUUUUUUUUCUCUUCAAAUGCAAGGGACAGACAAAUGUGAAAUAUUUAUCUUGUAGUCCUCACUGAUUUCAUGUCAACAGAAAACUACCUACAUAAAGUCGAAGGGUAUUUUUAUUUGUUAUUUGCUUUGUUUUCAUGCUGUUAGAAAGGACUGUGUGGCUGUUGGUGUUUUGAAGUGUUUUUUGUACAUAUCUAAUAUCUUAUAGCUGAGGCUACACUGAGUUUUCUUUUCAUAUGAGCAUUAUUUCAUCUGUUCUUGUCAAUCUGUUGGUGAAAAAAAUCUGAGUGGAUUAAUCGACUUGUGGAUUCACAGCACCAGUUGAUCCAAUCGUCACUCAUGGCUUCAGAGUAUUUUGGACACAGCUGCUUAAAGUAUUUAAUGUGAUAGUAAUAAAGUCGCCCUCCAAAGCUAUUCAACAUCUAAACUAUGAUAUAAUCCUGGCUUUUAUUUACAGUACCUGUAUCUUUUGGCCUCAAAGAGCCCACACUUUUGCUUUUUUUUUCCUGUCUUUUUAGUAUAAUAUGACGUGACCGAAAUGAACCCAUGCAAUUCAAUAUGCAUUCUUUAUUUUCUGUCUUUUUUUUUAACAAUGAUUGUUUCUGUUCAUCUUGCGAAUGAUCAGGUGGUCAAGUGUCAUUAAAGCGCCUGAUUCACUUUAGGUGCCCACAUUUCUUUCUUCUCAUUUCUAAAUAACUAUGUCCUCAUCAUACAUCUUGAUUUCAAGGAACAAGAUUAAAUGUAUUUUUCACAUGUCUGUGCACCCCACUCUCAUUUUAGCACCGAAUAAAUCCAAAGCUGUUAAAUGUUCAGCUUGUUGCCACACAUUUGAAUAAACAAAAUCAUUGAAACGGCCUCAUGGAAAAGAAAAGCUUCAUACGGUUUCCUGGGAUAGGAGUAAGUUGAUUUUGCCACUUUCAGGUAUUUUCUGGGUUUUGUGAUUUUAUGAAGAAUUUAUCUUAUGAACUCCCACCCGCAUUGGUGAAAAAUGUAAUGGUUGUAAUGUAAUACCCAAUUGUAGGAAUUUUUCCACUUGGUUAAUUUUAUGCUUUGCUGCAUUCAUUCCAACACAUUUGAUUUCUUCUUAUUAUUUUCCUUUCGGCUUGUCCUAUUAGGGGUCGCCACAUCAUGUCAUCUUUUUCCAUCGAAGCCUAUCUUGUGCAUCUUCCUCUCUAACACCUAGUGUCCUCAUGUCUUCUCUCACAACAUCCAUCAACCUUUUCUUUGGUCUUCCUCUCGCUCUUUUGCCUGGCAGCUCCAUCCUCAGCACCCUUCUACCAAUAUACUCACUCUCUCGUCUCUGAACAUGUCCAAACCAUCUAAGUCUGCUCUCUCUAACCUCACGAUCCAUAAUAAUCCUACAUUUGAUUUAAAGUAUUUAUAUAAAGUGAUGACCAAACCUCUAAUCAAUUUUUACCAUAUUUUUACCUUAUGUACACUAAAAUUACUUAGCUUUACAGAGUCAGAAUCUUGUCAGAUUGUGAAGUGCUGGAAUGUUUUUCCCUUCCCAUUUUAUUGCACUGUGUUGUUUAAAAUGUAUUUUAGGGAUUUUUUUUCUGUAAUUAUUUAUUUUAUACAGCACUUUCCCCCAUGAACAGAAAUUAUUCAUUCUUUUUCUAUUAUGAAGGACCUUCCCACUUUCUUUUUCCUCAGAUGUAGAAAACCACAAUGAAUGUCAAAAGCUCUAUUUUUUAUUUUCAUAUAUUUCAUUUCCACUACAAGCUUGUCCGAACUAUGCAUGGGAAAUUAAAAAAAUGCUCACAGACGUGGAAAUGUACUUUAUUGUGAUGUCUGCUCUUAUAUGCACUUUUCAUUCAGACCCUGAGUGGGAGAUCUUGAUUUUGGUAGAUGUCACAUUCAAAUAUAAAGUAAAUGUUUGGACAUGGGUAAAUAGCUUUCCUUUAUAAGUCAUCUUGAUGGCAGCCUGUAAAGGAACCUUGAAUGAGUAAUUAGCCUUUCUAGCUAUAAGACGUGUGAUGUUUUUAAAUCAAUACAAUGAAGCACAGUGACAACGACAGCUUUUGCUUUCAUAAAUAAAAAUCGCAUUUAGAAAGGACUUGCUGUCAUUGCUCAUAAGUUGUUUAUUAGCCUUUUGAUCGCUUCUGUGAAACUGUGGGAGAAUGCAUCAAAUUUUGGCAGUACAGUAUUACCCAUAGUGUAAUGGCUUAGCAAUAACAUUAUUAACUAAUUGCUAUAUCUGAGACAUCACAGUUAAAACCGUCACAGGCACAGCUUUAAUUUAGUACUUAUCAUGAAAAUCUCAUUUUUGAAAAGAUAUGUAUUGAACUAAUACAAUAUGCCAAUCAACCGAUCAACACUUGUUAAAUGUUUAUGAUUCCUGGCAGCAUGGUAGGAUCCCUGCUUGCAGCUGUGGAGUUUGGAAAUUCUCCCUGUGCUUGUUGAUUUUUUCCAUAUACUGUACUACUAUUUCAUUCCACACCCCAAAACA